AUGACUAUAGGUUCUGCCGGCCUUGAAUUCCCUCCGGCUAGUCGAGCGUUUUUCCGGCCAGCUUUCGCGGUUACUCCCGUCGUCGUCGACACAUUGUCGUCUCCGUCCCCGGAAUCUGGCAACAUCCCCGAGCUCCUUGCUCUCUCUCUCGUCAAGUUCAGGAAAAGGGUAACUGCAACCCUCAACACCCAAGAGACCGAAAAUAAGAAGAACACAACAGUCAAGCAGCAGCAAAUAAUAAAAAAGAAGAGCAGGGGUGGCUGGGGUUUAGCCUUUCUUCUGCUAGCAAACCAGGGGCUCGCGACACUAGCUUUCUUUGGCGUUGGCGUGAACUUAGUCCUGUUCCUGACCCGAGUUCUUGGGCAGGACAAUGCUUCUGCAGCCAACAACGUCAGCAAGUGGACCGGGACCGUCUACCUCUGCUCGUUCGUGGGCGCCUUCCUCAGCGACUCCUACUGGGGCCGUUACCUCACUUGCGCCAUUUUUCAAGUCGUCUUUGUCGCGGGCCUAGUGCUCGUAUCGAUAUCGUCGUGGUUUUUCCUGAUCAAGCCCACGGGCUGCGGUGAUGGGAAGCUCGACUGCAGGCCGCCCACCAUGCUCGGCACGGCCUUGUUUUACUUGGCCAUAUACCUGGUGGCCUUUGGGUACGGUGGCCACCAGCCGACCAUAGCCACGUUGGGGGCGGACCAGUUUGACGAGUCCGACCCCAAGCAGAGGGACUCGAAAGCCGCAUUCUUCUGCUACUUCUACUUUGCUCUCAACACCGGCUCGUUGUUCUCCAACACCGUGCUCGUGUAUUAUGAGGACACUGGAAAGUGGACGCUGGGCUUCUGGGUGUCGGCUGCCUCGGCCGUCCUGGCCUUAGGCGGGUACCUGCUCGGUUCCCCCAAGUAUCGGUAUGUGAAGGCGUGCGGGAACCCGAUUCCCCGCGUGGCCCAGGUGUUCGCGGCCUCGUUUAGGAAAUGGAACGCUCGACCCGUGGAGGUCGGGUUGUACGAAGUCGAGGGUACCGAGUCGGCCAUCAAGGGUAGCCGCAAAAUCUUUCACACCGACGAUUUUGCGUUUCUGGACAAAGCGGCUACGAUUACGGAGAAAGACGAGCAGGGCCAGGCUAGCCCGUGGCGCCUCUGCACUGUAACCCAAGUAGAAGAGGUGAAAUGCAUCCUCCGAAUGCUCCCCAUCUGGCUCUGCACCAUCAUCUACUCGGUCGUCUUCACCCAGAUGGCCUCGCUCUUUGUCGAGCAGGGUGACGUCAUGGACACCCACCUCGCCAACGGCUUCCACCUCCCGGCCGCCAGCAUGUCGGUUUUCGACAUCUGCAGCGUGCUCCUCUGCACAGGGAUCUACCGCCAGAUCCUCAUCCCGCUUGCCUGCCGUCUGAGCGGCAACCCAAAGGGACUGACGGAGCUCCAGAGAAUGGGAAUCGGGCUCAUCAUCGGCAUGCUCGCCAUGGUGGCUGCUGGGCUGACGGAGGUGUAUCGGCUGAAGCAGGUGGUGCCAGGUCAGCACCACAGCGGGAUGAGCGUGUUCUGGCAAGUGCCGCAGUACGUGCUGGUGGGGGCUUCGGAGGUGUUCAUGUACGUGGGACAGCUCGAGUUCUUCAACGGGCAGGCGCCGGACGGGAUCAAGAGCCUCGGGAGCUCGCUCUGCAUGAUGUCGAUAUCCCUCGGGAAUUUCGUCAGCAGCUUGCUCGUCAACAUGGUGAUGGGGAUCACGGCCAAGGGGGACAAUCCCGGGUGGAUACCAGAGGACCUCAACGCAGGACGCAUGGACAGAUUCUACUUCCUCAUAGGGGUGCUCACGGCUGUCGACUUCGUGGCCUACGUGGUGUGCGCCAAGUGGUACAAGCGGAUCGACUUUGGUGGGGCCAAGGAAGAGGUUGAGGAGGCAUAG